AUGUCGGGCUCUCAUUCGUACUCGGCCAGCAUACACAGCGGCAGCGAUCACCAUGCAGCGCGCAGCGGACACAUCGUCGUACAGGAGCCCGCACAUGUCAACACGAUCGAAGGGUCCAUUGCAAGUAAAGAGCAGGAAAGUGGUCCCAGUGUCCCACAGGCGCCGGUCUUCCAAGAAGGUGGUUGGAGGGGCUGGACAACAGUCGCUGGCGCGUGGCUGGUUCAGUUCUGCGGGUUCGGGUAUUCCACAUCGUUCGGAGUGUAUCAAGCAUACUACACUCAGACGUACAUCACCAAUGAGACCUCCUCGACGAUAUCGUGGAUUGGUAGUGUGAAUGCCUUUCUAGUUAUUGGAUUUGGUCUCGUAUCUGGGAGACUCUUUGACAAGGGCUAUUUCUACUACCUCAUGAUCGGUGGAUCCAUCUUGUACUCAUUCUGUAUAUUCAUGCUGUCCUUGACGAAGCCAAAUCAGUUUUAUCAGGUCUUCUUGACCCAAGGUAUCGGCAUGGGGCUCGCCGCCGGAACCCUCUAUAUCCCCAGUGUCGCCGUCGUGUCGCACUAUUUCCAGAAAAAGCGCGCGCUAGCCAUGACCAUCGUUGCCUCCGGAUCGUCUUUCGGUGCUGUCAUACACCCAAUCAUGCUCAAUAACUUGCUCUCAUCAUCCAUCGGAUUUGGCACGUCGGUACGCGCAAGUGCGGGUCUUAUCAGCGGAUGCUUGCUCAUAGCAUGUUGCAUGAUGCACCCGCGCCUGCCUCCGCCGAGGCAACAUAUUAGUUACGUACAAGCGGCGAAGAAGUUCUCGAAGGACUCGGCAUACGUCUGUACGACAAUGGGACUCGCAAUCUUUUCGAUCGGCUAUUACUUCCCGCUCUUCUACCUCCAGCUGGAUGCGUCACUACACGGGCUCAGCAAUACAUUCUCAUUCUACUCUAUUGUCAUCAUGAAUGGGUGUAGUUUCGUCGGCCGACUCACACCCGGAUUCUUCGCACACCGCCUUGGGAUCGCAAACAUGAUUUGUGUCGCCACAUUCUGCUGUUCCGUGCUUGUCUUCGGCAUGAUCGGCCUCAAGAGUGUUGCUAGCGUUGUUGUCCUCGGGAUCAUCUAUGGCUUCUUUGCGGGCGUUUAUAUCGCCCUAAUGGGACCCCUUAUGGUUGUGCUGACGGACAAUGUGGCCGAGCUAGGGGUGCGCAUGGGCAUCGCGUUUGCCUUUUCAGGUGUCGGAAGCCUCAUUGGAACUCCGAUCUCCGGUGCCCUUCUGACAAACAACUAUAUCUGGUGGCGACCCGCCGUGUUCAGUGGAGCUGUCGCCAUGGUCGGAGCUGUCUUCUUCGCAGCGAUGCGAGUGAUUUUGUUUCACAGGUCUCAAACAAAGAUGUUCGCACCGGCGACCGAGAAGCCGGGCGCAUGA